UUGUAUUGAUGCUCUCUGCGCCCAGUUAGCGUCAAACUCUGCAGCCUGCCUGCAGGGUACAACUUGAGUUACUUCUUCGACUGGCCAGUUAAGAUAAAAACUCCACCAUGAUUUUUCAAGGACUUUUAGAUCGACUUGACUUCACCAGUUGGUUGUUGUUGGGUUUUCUGCUCCUGAUUUUAAUUGAUGUGGUGAAAAACUGGGCUCCUCACAACUUUCCCCCUGGACCCUGGGGUGUUCCGUUUCUUGGCAACAUCUUCACUGCUGUUGAUUUUAAAUCCAUGGAGAAGCUUACACAGAAGUACGGCACUGUGUUCAGCCUGAGGAAAGGCAGUGAGAGGUAUGUGUUUAUUUCAGGGUACAAGAUGGUCAAAGAGGCUCUGGUUAAUCAGCUGGACAGCUUUGUGGACCGACCCAUUGUUCCUCUCUUCCAUGUUCUCUACAAUGGCCUUGGAGAGUAUUGCUUUGAGCAAUGGUUACUUAUGGAAGAAGCAGAGAAAGUUUGCCACCAGUCAUCUACGUUACUUUGGAGAGGGACAAAGGAGUCUGGAGAAAUACAUAGAAGUGGAGUGCAACUUUCUCUGUGAGGCCUUCAAAGAGG